AUGCAACAACAACAACAACAACCUAUGCAUCCAUCCAUGAUGAUGUAUCAACAACAACAACCGCCUAUGCAACAACCACCCAUGUCCUAUCCACCAAUGAUGCCUGGCCAACCUCAAUACCCACAACAACAGCAACCACCAUCCAUGCAACCCUAUACUCAAUAUCCUCCUCAACAACCAUAUCCAAAUUAUGGAAAUCCAACUAUGCAACCUUAUACUCAAUAUCCUCCUCAACAACAAUUUUCUCAACCAAUGCAGCAACCACAAUACCAGUAUUCUCCAAUGAUGAUGAGUCAAUAUCCACAACAACAACCACAACAACCACAGCAAGAACAAGAACCAAUGAAACAAUUACCUCCACUACCCAUGAAACAACCAGUAGUGACCUCCACCACCACAGUCACUACCACCACGAUCCCUGUUCAAAGUGGAAUUCCAACCAUGGUCGAUUCUACUCAAGGCAAUGCCAAGGUUCAAACUCUUCAACACUGUGCCACUAAAUGGUUCGAAAAACGCAAGGAAGUUCUUGCCAAACUUGCCGAGUUGACCGAUCAACUCAAUAAGAGAUCUCGUACCACCACCAAAGCCAAAGUCGGUGGAACCGUCUCAAACAUUGUUGGAGCUUCCUUAAUUGUUGGUGGAUUAAUCACAGCUCCAUUGACUUUGGGUGGAAGUUUGGUGGCCACAGGAGCUGGAGCUGCUUUGGUCGGAGGAGGAACAGCUGCCACAGUUGGAGCUGCUGUAUCGGAAUGGAAACAUGCCAAGAAAUCAGCCAAGGCCAUUCAAGAAGCUUUGGAACAAGACACUAAACACGCCAAUGAAAUCAUUACUCUCGUCUAUGAUUAUAGAACUUCUGAUCCAUCGAUUGAUCAACAACCCUUGACUUUCAUGAGUCCUACAACCUCCGCCAACACGACUGUGACUGUUUCUCAAUUCAUUCAAGCUUUGGUCAAUCAAAAGCAAGUCGCUUUCAAUCAGAAUGGAAAAUUGACUCAUGGUCAUGCUGGAGCCACAAGUUUGGCAAGUUUGGUGGUGAAAGGUGUCGUUCCAAUUGUGAGUGUUCCCAUUGAUUUGUGUUUGUUGGUGAAGGAAUCGAAAAAGUUGCACGGCAAGGAACCUUCCAAGUUGGCCACUCAAGUUGCACCAAUUAUUGAGAAUUUGAAGUAUCAGACCAAGAUGGCCACUGGAAUUACCGCUCUUUAA